CAUCGCCCUGGGUGAAAGGGCAGGGGGGUGGCCCACGGUUCCCCCCGACCACAACCGGGUGAAGAGCGGGCGCGGGCAGCAAGAUGGCAGCUCUCGCCAGCUCGUUGAUCCGCCAGCGGCGGGAAGUGAAGGACCCCCAGGCCAACCGGCAGGUGGCCAACAAGAGGAAGCCGUGCCCCAAGGCCAACAAGUCCCUGUGCCAGAAACAGAUAUUAUUACUCAUUUCAAAAGUCCGACUAUGUGGCAAUCGAGGCCGAAAAUUAGAAAAAAGACCGGAGCCCCAACUGAAAGGCAUUGUCACGAGACUCUACAACCGGCAUGGCUUCUACCUCCAGAUGCUUCCGGAUGGCACCAUGGACGGCACAAAGGACGAAAGCAGCUCCUUCUUGCAGUUCAACUUGAUUCCUGUGGGCCUGAGGAUAGUAGCCAUCCAGAGCACUAAGACAGGGCUCUACAUUGGGAUGAACAGCGAUGGAUACCUCUACACUUCGGAACACUUCACCCCAGAGUGCAAGUUCAAAGAGAGUGUGUUUGAGAACUACUAUGUGACGUAUUCGUCCAUCCUGUACCGGCAGACCCAGUCGGGCAGGGCCUGGUACAUCGGCAUCAACCGGGACGGGCAGGUCAUGAAGGGCAACAGGGUCAAGAAGACCAAGGGGGCCGCCCACUUCCUGCCCAAACUCAUUGAAGUGGCUAUGUACAGGGAGCCGUCGCUACAUGAAGUGGUGGUGGUCGCCGAGCUGAGUUCCCCCAGGAAAAUGGCCAAGGCCUCCGAUUCACCUGUGCUGCAGAACGGCAAAAAAGACCCGCCCUCAAAAACCAAAACCUCCUAG